CUGUGGAUUGUGCGCCACAGCAGACCGAGAGCGGGGCAGACAGUAGUACGGCAGCGGCAAGCAUCUACUCUGUUACCGGAGGACGACUGCUCUCAGCCUCUGGGUUUUUACACCGCUGUUAUUCACUCCUGCAAACUGAGCCCACACGUUACCGCUGUUGCAUCCCGGCACGUUGCUUUUUGAAGAGUGAGACACGUUUCCACAAGCGGCACAGGCUUGUGCCAAACCCCGUUUUCCCAGAGACGCACAAAAGACGCACGUCCCAAGUCCACCUGGAUAGCCGACAAAAAGCCGUCCGGUCCGCUUCGAGGUCCAGCGGGGAGACGCGAGGAGAAGUUAGCGCGGAAAGGCAAGAAACAACGACAGGACAGGAUGAAUCUCAAGAGUCAUUUGAUUUUCACCCUCUACACUAUUUAUGGGAUUCUUCUGAAAGUGAUGGCUUCAAAAGGCAAAGCUCGAGGCAUCAGCGGUCAGUACCCACUGGUUCAGAAUAUGACGGUGACAGAGGGUGGGACGGCGAACAUGACCUGCCGUGUGGAGUACAAUGACAACACCUCCCUCCAGUGGUCAAACCCAGCACAGCAGACCCUCUUUUUUGGGGACAAGAAAGCUUUAAGGGACAACAGGAUUGAGCUGGUGCAUGCGUCGUGGUCAGAGUUGACCAUUAGCAUCAGUGAUGUCACGCUGACGGAUGAAGGCAUGUACACCUGUUCUCUCUUCACCAUGCCUGUCAGAACAGCCAAAGCCUACAUGACGGUUCUUGGUGUGCCAGAGAAGCCAGAGAUCGAUGGCCUGACGAAGCCCGCUUUGGAGGGGGACCACAUCACUCUGACCUGCAUGACUCAGGGCAGCAAGCCCGCUGCCGACCUGCGCUGGUUCAGGAAUGAAAAGGAGGUCAAAGGUGCCAAAGAGGUGAAUGCAAGUGGGAAGACAUUUACAGUACGGAGCUCUCUGCAGCUGCACGUGGACAGAAAUGAUGAUGGAGUGGCCUACACCUGCAAAGUAGACCAUGUGGCACUCACACAGACACCGCAGCAAGCCACAGAAGUACUGGAGGUCCACUAUGCUCCUCGUGUGCAGAUUAUCCACUCCCUUGCAGUCCCCCAGGAGGGUCAGUACUUAAAGCUGGAGUGUGUGUCCAAAGGAAACCCUUCGCCAGAUCCUGUGAUGUGGACAAAGGACGGGGGUGAACUUCCUGACCUGGACAGGAUGAUUGUAGAGGGGAGGGAGCUCACCUUUACUUCACUCAACAAGACAGACAAUGGCACCUACCGCUGCGAAGCCGGCAACCACCUAGGGACCAGCAGUGCUGAAUAUGUGCUCUACGUCUAUGACGUCCCCACAACCCUGCCUCCAUCCACCACUCCCCCCCUACAUUCCAUCCCUCCAGAUCCUACCACUCUAUUAGGCACCCACGUCACUGGCAACGGAGAUCCCAAUGCUCUGGGGCAGCACGGCACUGACCAUGCCUUGAUCGGAGGAGUGGUGGCUGUGGUGGUCUUUGUCACCUUGUGUUUAAUCAUUGUUCUGGGAAGAUACCUGGCCAGGCAUAAAGGAACGUACUUGACAAACGAGGCUAAAGGGGCGGACGACGCGCCUGACGCCGAUACAGCUAUUAUCAACGCUGAGGGCAACCAUGCACACGCAGAAGAGAAGAAAGAGUACUUCAUUUAGACUGCAGGGGGAGCUGUGCAGCUCUCUCCUUCCCCCUCUUUCAAUCUCUGUAUCAGUUUUUUCUCUCUCUCUGUCUCCCCCUUUUCUUCUCCACUUCUGACCACUGCCCCCGCUGUGUCAACAAGGAACCCGCAGGCAGUCCACAGACAGAGAAGUUCCUUAAGUGUUUUCCUAUUAUUGCCUUUUUUCUAUCUUUUACAUAUUCUUGUCCUUUCUUUAUUUCUUUCUUUUUUUGCCAGCCGGUUUUCACAGGCAGCUUGCUCGUUGUCCCCAUUCUCUUAAUUUUCCUCGUCUUUGAUAUGAAUGCCUGGAAGUCUGUAUAACUACCAUGACUGCUUCUUACAUGAGCCCUUCUGCAUCUUCUUUCCUGUUUCCCUCCAAGCAGGCAUCCAAACACACGCGAUACACCCUUUGUUCACACACGUUCACAAACACAUAUCAUAUGUCACAUCAACACGGUGCCUAAAAAUACAGACGCCAUUGAACUUCUGUCAAUGCCUUCAUGUAUCGUCUGUCAGUAGCAAUGUAAAUGCUUUGUAGAUGGGUUCACUGGACCAUCAUUUCAUUGAUUAGCUCACAGCUUUUGAUUAUACAUUGCGUCUUUUUUAUUUUAAUGAAGAUCUUUGCUGUUUACGCCUUAUACAUGUCUAUCACACUGAAUAUGGUACUUUUAGAUCCACCUCUCCCCAACCCCAUCCCCUCUAAAUAGACUUGUAAUUAAACAGUUGACCCUUGUAAGAUAAGAAGAAGGUUUUGUGUAACACUGUAGCAAGGUUGGUCAGAUAAGUGUGUAAUAUGAUUUUCAUUAUUAGGGUAGGGGGUAAUAAAGGGUAGUGUGGUAUUGUUUAGAGCAGAUAAUACACACAGAUGCUGGAUGAAGCAUUCCAUCAAAUAAACUCAAUCAAGUGUAUAAAACCAUUUGCUAAAUCUGCUGUACUUUUGUCUGUAUAUUCUUGCACUGUCGAGGCUGCAGUUUAGUGAAACACCAACACCUUCAGUGUCCUCUUGACAGCUUACAAUAGUUUGUGAUUCACAUAAUGGGUUCAGGUGUACAGUAAGAAUUAAUCCCCUCUCUCUCUCUCUCUCUCUCUCUCUCUCUCUCUAAACGCUGUAUAAAUUGUACUGAAAGGAUUUUAGCUCUUCGCUUCAAAUUACAUUUUUUUUUAAUGUUUAUGUCAUAUUGAAAUAUUUCUAUGGCUUAAGGACCCUGUGAAAUGUAAAAUGAACCAUUAAGAGUUAGUAAAAUAAGUACACAGUUACUGUAUGAAUAUAGAUAUUUACUGUUGUCUUACGUUGGUUACCUCUUGUAAGCUUGAGGUCCUGGCAUUGUUUCACAGUGGAUUGUAUACACACUUCUGUUCAUUUACUGGCUCAUCGAAUCAUAUUCAUAUUUUAUACAAAUAGUGAUCAAAUUAAUUUGACUAAAACACAUUGUUGUUAAUAUUUCCACCUCCAAAUGUCUGUUCAACAAGCUUCAAACUAGUUAAAUUGUAUGUACCACCAACAUGUCAUGAACUCCCUCCUCUCAAACUGCAUAACUGCUCCGCUUAUUUUCAUUUUGUCAGUCGCUUGCCAUGAACUGAACUUUGAUUUCCAUUUCAUGGGGUCUUCAAGCAAAAAAAUAGAAAAAAUGUAAAAUAGUGUGAGUGCUGGGUCAUGGAUCUGCAGGGGCCUCCUUUCCAAAACUAAAAACUGAAGACAAAUAGAGAAGCACAAAAAUGUCUGAAUGAGUAACUGUGUUCCUUUGCCAACAAUUAGAUUGCCUUGGGAAUGGUUCUUCUAUUCAAAUGGGUAGUGGAAAGAUGACAAGGCUGUCUCUCAUUCAAUUCUAAGGGGGAAAAUACAGUGCAUCUUUUUGAAAAUGUAAGCUAAAACAUGUUUUUAUUAAAAUAUUGUAAUAGUUUUGGUUUAAAUGGUUCCAAUCUCCCCGCUGUGUAUUGUGUCUGCUAAAAUGUGGUUGAUUGUGAAAAUUGCUGUUAAAUUCUGGAUUCCUACAAAUUUGUAUAUUAGCCACUUUAUCUAUUUACUUUACUUUUUCAUUGCAUUAUCCUUAUUGGAAAACCUUUAAACAAAUGUAUUUUGUUUUGGCACAAGGCAUGUAUAUAAUGGGUGAAAACUAAACCACAUUAGCAUGUUUUUGUUUGGUUCAUAUUUUUAUUUAUUUGAACUGAAGUUAUAAAGUAUGUUUGUAACUUAAUUUUGGAGAGCAGUGGUUCCUUGUGUUGGUGCCGUGCUCUUGGGUGCUACAGAUCGGAAGAAUUCGGUGUUGUAAUAGAUGUGAUUAACAAAAACAGAGAAAUUACAAAACGGAACAGAAAUGGAAAAUUAUGUCUAUCUGUCUCCACCAAAUACUUAAAAUACAAAUUGGAAUUGAUAAGCAUUCAAGCAUAUAUUGCCUUCCUGUUGGAGGCAUUCAAAGUUGCACACACGCUUCGACAAACAUAACCUUGUGAACAACUUCUGUUUCUUUUCAUAUAUCCCUGCCAUUUGUCUUUCAUCAGUUUGCAGGAUCUUUGGUUGAUUUACUCUCCUGUGAAAGAACGAUAAACAAUGUGGCUUCUGAAACUAAAGACUUAAAAGGCAAGGCACUAAUCUACUAAGAUGGAGCAAAUUAUUACCAAGGGCAAUAAAAUAGUGGGCCCAGCUGUCUCCAAUUCAGUGGCCAAUUUACAACAUUAUGCAAAUAAGGUCAGCAAGUAAGGUCUCUAUGUGUCUCCAGCACUGCUGGAGUGAAUCACAAGUUGGGAAUCAUUAAACCUAUCACCACUGAUGUAGAAUUUAGGUUGCAUAUUACAUUCAAAUAUGUUUUAAAAAUGCAAAAGCUUUGCCACAGUUUCCAUAUUUUAUCAUUUUAGAGCACUUCAAUCAAUAUCCCACUACAGUUUGUCUUUAGCCUCACCGCGUUCCGGGCUAAAGCACUCUAGACUCUGGUCUCUGGAAAUCUUCUGUAUCACAGACUGUACUUUUAUCACAGUGAUGUAAUUUCUUUUUUUUUUUUUUUUUACUUUUCUAUCUAGUUCUUUUCAUUGUGUCUUAAUCAAUGAUGGUGUCAGUCAAAUUGUUUUGUUGCUUUACGCCUGCGUAUCAAUCUUAGAAAUAAGAAGAGUGGACGAAUGGAUCUGUUGAUUCUGAAGUCGGAGAAGCAGAUUGUUUUGUAUUAAAUGAACACUCAUAAAUAAUCAGGUCUGCAGUGAUGAGUUGGUGUUUAGAAAUGAAACAGGUGCCAUUUACUGAAUUAUGCACUCUGACUAAUUUGAUGGAUAUUUCUUAGUAAAUGGUGAAAUGUGUUUUACUUUUGUUGUUGUUUUUCUUUCUGAAAACCAUAUGUAAAUAUUUCUUUUGACAUGGCGGUAAUGAGCUAAUUUGUUGCAAAUGGCUUUUUAUGAUGGUUAGACCAAACCUGAUUUGAUUUGUUUUUGAUUUGUUAAUCUAACAGCUUGGCACAUUAUGAACUAUUGUAAAAUGAUAGAAUCAACUGUCAUAGUGAGUGACAUCAUUGGGUCAGUUAUUAGUCGUAUUUCUUUUUAUGUUUUCGGUUGAAACUAAGCUUUAAACUUGUUGCCUCCUUGCUUUCCGACAUAUGCCAGUUUGGUAAAUAUCCCCUACAUCAUGGGCCUCUAAUUUCAUCCUGGCGGCAAGACCGUGACAGCUCUAACGUAGCCGCAGUGCCAUUUUCAUUGGGCACUAGUCCAUUUAAUUGACUUGCCUCUGUUUUGUUUCCUGGCUCCAAACAAACCCACUUUCUUUGACUGACGGUGGGAGUGGUGCAGCUGAGAUUACUUAUUUAUACAGAUCGAGCAGUAACUUUUGCUUGAAAUUGCUCACAAUUUUGUGAAAAUGUUUAAUAUUGGCGGUUGCACAUAACAGACUUUUACAAAAUCAUGUAUGCGUGACUUUUAAUCGUAUGUGUGUGUUCCACUCUAUUAGGCAACGGGAAGUAAUGAAAAAAAAACAUUUUAAUAUAAUACUAAGUUACUGUCGAUGUUGACCAAGUGCACUCAUAUAAUUAUGUUAUAUGAUCAUCAUAUCACAAGAUUUCAGCGUACCCUGAAAUUUAAAUUCAGCUUUAAAAAGGGACAUCACAGGAUCCUUGGAUGCAUAUUUGGGGAGCUGCGCCUCCAGUUUGCUUCUCUACCCUCCUGCCUGUUUCUUUUAAAAAAGGGAUGAGCCAAGCUAAAGUGAUCAUUGAAGCUUGUCCAAACUCCACCAGAUGACUGCAUUAUGUAUUCAUCCUGCUACAGCCUUUUCACCACAAUGCACUGCCCCAGGAGCGCACCCCUGGCCACAGCAUAUUGCAGUCAGUCGGGCACACAGGCAUGCAUUUUUGCUCCAAGUUUGCGCAAGCAAUUGUCUCCAGUUUCAGGAAAUUAGAUGCCCAUAUCAACUAAAAAUACCAACUCUAAAUCCCUUAUUAAAAAAGGGAUGAAUAUGAAAGAAAUGGCCUCUGUUGAGUCAUAAUCUGUAUUCUUUUCACUGGAUCGGUUUGCAUUUGGUUUUAACUUAAAGGUUUUGUUCUCAACAGCAGUGAUAAUAGCAAGACAUGGCCCGGUCCGGUCGUAUCUCUCCUCCUCUGACCCUUCAUAUCUUUGUACAGUUUGGUUUCAGCGCAUUUCAUUGUUCAUCUGCAAUAUUGAAACCAGCAUCAAUCAGCUUAGUCUCCAUAUUGUCACAACGAUGACAACAAGUGACACAAUCGCAUGUAGAGAUGUUUUUUUCUUUUUUAUGAUUAUAUCACUUUCUUUUCUUUUGCAUCUCAGGAAUCUAUUUCAUUUAGAUAUUGUUUUGUUUAGUUUUCUGUCUUAAAAAUGGGGACUUGUGAGCACUUCUCACUCUGCUACUGUAGUCUCUGAAUGCUGACACCAUGUGUUUGUUGAAUUUAAGAUUAUCGCAAUGUUAAUAAAGUUAUUCAGUGAUUCUUCAGUAA